AUGUCCGACCCCACUCCCACCCCCGUUCCCGCCGUCGCUGAGACCGUUGAGACCCCGGCAGCUGUCUCCAUCGAGGCUCCGGUCGAGGCCGCCACCGUCGCCGCCGAAACCGCCCCGGAACAACCCGCCGCCGAGCCAGAGCUUCCCACGGCCGACGUGUCCGAGCCCAUCAAGAAGGCUGCCGAGGUCGAGGAGGCCCCUGCGUCCGAGCUCGUUGACGCUUCCCCUGCCGUCCCUGUUGUGCAGGAGGAGAGUGUGACUGAGGCUCAGGCUCAGGCUCCUGCAGACGUCGUGGAGGCCAAGGCUGUCGCGGCGAUCGAGCCCGCCGCCGAGCCUUCCGUCGAGCCCACCGCCGAGCCCGUCGUGGAGGACGCUACCGAGCUCACGGCUGAGCCCACCGUCGAGCCUACCGUUGCGCCUGCUGCCGAGUCCACCAUCGAGCCCACCGUCGAGCCCACUGCGGAGGCUACUGCUGAGCCCGCCGCUGAGCGCGCCGUCGAACCACCCGUGGAGGCCACAACUGAGCCCGCUGCUGAGCCUACUACCGAGCCCGCUGUUGAGCCUACGUCCGAGGUCAAGUCCGUUGAACCCACUGUUGAGACCGAGGACCCCAAGGCGCUCCCCGAAACCCCUGCUGCCGUUGCCACCGAGUCGACCACCGGCUGGCCUCCUCUCUCCGAGGACCACGCUCUGCUCCAGUUCCACGCACGCCUCCCCCAGAUCCUCGAGGCCGCUGAGCACGACAAGAUUUGGGGCGUGACUCUUUCUGCUGCUUCCCCUCCUGCCUUCUCGACGCUGCUCAUCCUCCAAAAGUUCCUCCGCUCGGUGGAGAACAACGGCGAUGAGGCGGCUAAGAACCUCGAGGCGACGCUCAAGUGGCGCAAGGAUUUUGGUCUCGACAAGGGCGAGCCCGCUGAGGACUUUGGCCCCAACUUUGAGGGUCUCGGCUAUGUGACCCAUCUGCACUCGGAGCAGGGCCGCACCGAGGUCGUUACCUGGAACGUGUACGGCGCCGUCAAGGACCUUGGUGAAACGUUUGGCGAUCUUCCUGUCUUCCUCCGCUGGCGCGUUGGACUCAUGGAGCGUGCCCUCGCGCACCUCAACCUCGCCACUACCACUGUGCCCAUCCCGGACUUGGGCCAGGGCGAGGACCCCCACCGCCUUGCCCAGGUUCACGUGUACACUGGCGUCUCGUUCCUCCGCAUGGACCCGCGCGUCAAGGCCGCAUCCAAGGCUACCAUCGACCUCAUGAGCAAGAACUACCCCGAGACUCUCUCCCGCAAGCUCUUUGUCGGCGUGCCCCUCCUCAUGUCGUGGGUCAUGACCGCGGUCCGCGUCUUUGUCAGCGCCGAGACUGCCCGCAAGUUUGUCGUCAUCUCGUACCCCACCAACACGGCUGCCGAGCUCGGCGAGAAGGCCGACGUGCCCCCACGCUUUGGCGGUACUGGCCCCGAGCUCGCUGAGCUCGAGCAGCAGGCCAAUGUGGCUCUCUGA